UACAUCUCUCUCUUCUUCUUUGUUUCAUCUUUCUUAAAAUAUUAGGAGGGUUGACACUCGAGGGCCAGAUCCGGGGGAAGACUGCGAGCCUCCUUCAUUGUCAGUUUUUUUGUUUCUUUUCUUCUUUUCUGAUUCACGAAUCAUCAUCUUACGCUCUCCCAAUCUUUCCAUUUCCCAAUUCGUUUGAUCCUUUCUUUUCAUUUUUACGCCUUCUUUUCUUGUGCUGGAGUGCUGAUUGUUGAUGCAAUUCUGGGAUUUUGUUGAUUUCUUGCAUUCUGAUCGGAUCUGAGAAUCCUUUGGGUGAAGAAGAUGUUGACGAAGUUUGAAACGAAGAGUAAUAGAAUCAAAGGGUUGAGUUUCCACAGUAAGAGGCCAUGGAUCCUUGCAAGUCUUCACAGCGGAGUGAUCCAGUUAUGGGAUUACCGGAUGGGCACGCUUAUUGAUAGAUUUGAUGAGCAUGAGGGGCCUGUUCGCGGUGUUCACUUUCACAAAUCUCAGCCUCUUUUUGUGUCCGGAGGGGAUGAUUAUAAGAUUAAAGUGUGGAACUAUAAGACUCAUAGAUGCUUAUUUACUCUUCUUGGACACCUUGAUUAUAUACGUACUGUGCAAUUUCACCAUGAGUAUCCAUGGAUUGUAAGUGCUAGUGAUGAUCAGACUAUUCGUAUAUGGAACUGGCAGUCUCGUACUUGUAUCUCUGUGUUGACGGGCCACAAUCACUAUGUAAUGUGUGCUUCAUUCCACCCUAAGGAAGAUCUUGUUGUGUCCGCUUCCCUAGAUCAGACUGUUCGUGUUUGGGACAUUGGUGCCUUGAGGAAGAAGACUGUAUCUCCAGCAGAUGACGUCUUGCGGUUAAGUCAAAUGAAUGCUGAUCUAUUUGGUGGAGUUGAUGCUGUUGUUAAAUAUGUCUUGGAAGGUCAUGAUCGAGGGGUUAAUUGGGCGGCAUUCCAUCCUACCCUGCCAUUGAUUGUGUCUGGAGCUGAUGAUCGACAGGUGAAAUUGUGGCGAAUGAAUGACACAAAAGCAUGGGAAGUGGACACACUAAGGGGGCACAUGAAUAAUGUUUCAUGUGUGAUGUUCCAUCCCAAACAAGAUAUAAUUGUUUCCAAUUCAGAGGACAAAAGCAUUCGUAUUUGGGAUGCUACAAAACGAACUGGACUUCAGACAUUUCGUCGAGAGCACGAUAGAUUUUGGAUUCUCGCUGCUCAUCCUGAGAUGAAUCUAUUGGCAGCUGGGCAUGACAGUGGCAUGAUUGUCUUUAAGCUGGAGAGAGAAAGACCAGCCUUUGCUAUUAGUGGUGAUUCUUUAUUUUAUGUGAAGGAUCGCUUUUUACGCUGCUAUGAGUUCUCCUCUAAAAAAGAUUCACAGGUCAUUCCGAUUCGAAGGCCUGGUUCGACUAGCUUGAAUCAGAGCCCAAGGACCCUUUCAUUUAGCCCUACAGAAAACACAGUUCUUAUUUGCUCAGAUCUGGAUGGGGGAUGUUAUGAAUUUUACACCAUACCUAAGGAUAGCUUUGGUAGAAGUGAUAGCUUCCAAGAUGCAAAGAGAGGACUUGGAGGAUCAGCAGUGUUCGUGGCUCGGAAUAGGUUUUCUGUGCUAGAUAAAAGUCACAACCAAGUCUUGUUAAAAAAUCUUAAGAAUGAGGUUGUUAAGAAGGUCCCCAUUCCCAUUACUGCAGAUGCAAUAUUUUAUGCCGGAACUGGUAAUUUAUUGUGUAGAGCAGAGGAUAGAGUUGUUAUAUAUGACCUUCAACAGAGAAUUAUUCUUGGUGAUCUUCAAACCCCUUUUGUUAAGUACGUUGUUUGGUCAAAUGACAUGGAGAGUGUUGCAUUGCUUAGCAAACAUGCAAUUAUUAUUGCCAACAAGAAGCUUGUUCACCAGUGCACGCUUCAUGAGACAAUUCGAGUAAAGAGUGGAGCAUGGGAUGAUAAUGGAAUUUUUAUUUACACUACCCUAAACCACAUUAAGUAUUGUCUCCCCAAUGGAGAUAGUGGUAUAAUCAAAACCCUCGAUGUUCCAAUAUAUAUUACAAAGGUUUCUGGCAACACACUCUUUUGCUUGGAUAGGGAUGGAACGGUUCGAUCGUUUGUUAUUGAUGCAACAGAAUACAUAUUCAAACUCUCUCUCUUGAAGAAGAGAUUUGACCAUGUCAUGAGCAUGAUAAGGAACUCACAGCUCUGUGGGCAAGCAAUGAUUGCAUAUUUGCAACAAAAGGGGUUUCCUGAAGUUGCUCUUCACUUUGUGAAGGACGAGAGAACCAGGUUCAAUUUGGCUCUUGAGAGUGGAAACAUUCAGAUUGCAGUUGCAUCUGCUACAGCAAUUGAUGAGAAAGAUCAUUGGUAUAGGCUGGGUGUGGAGGCUCUUCGCCAAGGCAAUGCAGGCAUUGUGGAAUAUACCUACCAGAAGACAAAAAAUUUUGAUAGGUUAUCGUUCCUUUAUCUCAUAACUGGUAACACGGCAAAACUGUCCAAGAUGUUAAAGAUUGCUGAAGUUAAGAAUGAUGUCAUGGGUCAAUUUCACAAUGCUCUUUAUCUUGGUGAUGUUCGUGAGCGCAUAAAGAUCUUGGAGAAUGUUGGCCACUUACCUCUUGCAUAUAUCACAGCAUCAACCCAUGGUUUACAUGAUGUAGCUGAAAGGCUAGCUGCUGAAUUGGGAGAUGACAUUCCAUCUUUACCAGAAGGCAAGACUGCAUCCCUCCUCUUACCUCCUACUCCAGUCAUGUGCAGUGGUGAUUGGCCACUUCUGAGAGUCAUGAAAGGAAUAUUUGAAGGUGGGCUGGAUAAUGUGGGUGGAGGCCGUGCUGACGAAGAUGAUUAUGAGGUUGCAGAUGGUGAUUGGGGUGAGGAGCUGGAAGUGGUUGAUGUAGAUGGCUUACAGAAUGGGGAUGUCUCAGCAAUUUUGGAGGAUGGGGAAGGUGCAGAAGAAAAUGAGGAAGAAGGGGGAUGGGACCUAGAAGAUUUGGAGCUCCCACCUGAAGCUGACACUCCAAAAGUAUCAGUCAGUUCUCGCAAUUCAGUUUUUGUGGCCCCAACUCCUGGCCUGCCUGCCAACCAAAUUUGGAUACAGAGGUCGUCUCUCGCUGCAGAACAUGCUGCAGCGGGUAAUUUUGAUACUGCAAUGCGGUUGCUUAACAGGCAACUAGGAAUUAAAAACUUUGCUCCUUUGAGACCCAUAUUUCUGGAUCUUCAUGCUGGGAGUCAAACCUAUCUUCGUGCCUCAUCAUCUGCUCCCAUAAUAUCAUUAGCAGUUGAACGAGGAUUCAGUGAAUCUAGUAAUGCGAAUACAAAAGGAUCCCCUGCACUUAUUUACAGUUUCACUCAGUUGGAGGAGAAGCUUAAAGCUGGUUACAAGGCCACAACAUCAGGAAAGUUUGCUGAAGCUCUUCGUCUUUUUCUUACUAUUCUUCAUACCAUCCCUCUGAUCGUUGUCGAGUCUAGGAGGGAAGUCGAUGAGGUGAAGGAGUUGAUUAUUAUCGUCAAAGAGUAUGUUUUGGGUUUGCAAAUGGAACUGAAGAGAAGGGAACUCAAGGACAAUCCAGUACGUCAGAUGGAGCUUGCAGCCUAUUUUACGCACUGCAACCUUCAAUUGCCACAUUUGAGGCUUGCUCUAUUAAAUGCCAUGACUGUCUGUUACAAGGCUAAGAAUCUUGCCAGUGCUGCGAACUUCGCACGCAGACUUCUUGAGACUAACCCCUCAAUUGAGAAUCAAGCUAAGACAGCCAGGCAAGUGCUACAGGCUGCAGAGAGGAAUAUGACAGAUGCCUCCCAACUGAAUUAUGACUUUAGAAACCCUUUUGUGACCUGUGGAGCGACUUAUGUGCCAAUCUAUCGAGGACAAAAGGAUGUCGCUUGCCCAUACUGUAGUUCCAGGUUUGUGCCAGGUCAGGAAGGACAAAUUUGUACUGUUUGUGAUCUUGCUGUUAUUGGAGCUGAUGCGUCUGGUUUACUUUGUUCUCCCACCCAAAAUCGAUGAUCGGACCCGGGAAUUAUAUCUUUUUCCAAUGACCUCACUUGUCUUUCUGACAACAGGAGAUUUGUUGUCGAGUAUUACAUCUACUUGUGGAAGGUAAAAGAAAGUGAUGGAUUAAAACAGCUAGCUAAGCUACCUUGAAAAAAAAUUCGGUUGUCUGCUACUUAAGAGGGUUUUAUAUGAAUUGAUUGUUAUACAGGGAUGACACGACAUCUUUCAUGUUAAUGCUUGCAGGACCCUUACUCCAAUUUUCAUUGUGUAAUGCGGCGAGAGCUUCUUGCUUGGUAAAAGAUGAACAUUUUUGUGAGCUUCCAUUUGCUUAUUUGUUCUCUUGCAUCCAUCUUCUUCUCUUCUAGAACUCUUAUGACUUUUAGCCAUGCAUUUGAACAUGAGUUGGGAGCUUUGAUUAUAGUCCUUGAUUUGUUGUAUAAUGCGGCUAGAGCUUCUUGCUUGGUAAAAGAUGAACAUUUUUUUGAGCUUCAA